AUGUAUAAUGAAAUAAUUAAUCAUCCAUCACAAACAACAACAACAGCAGUUCUUCUUAAAAUUCAUAAUAUUGAUGAACAAGAUAUUGUGGGUAUUAAAAAUGACAUUGACUUUUUGCAACCAUUAAUUAUACAAACACAAGAUUUACCACCAAUUUAUAUGGAAACUAAUCAGUGUCAACCACCACCAGACUAUAAAGAACAUUCAUAA